GGCAUCUGCACUCGAGGCAUUGGUGGUGGCUUCACCAGGGCUAGCGCUGGUUGCGGUGAUGGGAUCUUAUUCGCUAACAAUGAAAAGGCGACGAUGCAGAACCUCAACGACCGCUUGGCCUCCUACCUGGACAAGGUGCGACUCCUGGAGGGAGACAAUGCUGACCUUGAGUGCAAGAUCCGGGAGUGGUAUGCCAAGGUAGGGCCCAGCUGCGAACCACGGGACUACAGCUGUUUUCAUAAGGAAAUCGAAGACCUUCAAAACCAGAUCCUCUGUGCAGCCAUGGAGACUAACAAAAUCCUCCUGAAUAUUGAUAACAACAGGAUGACUGCUGAUGACUUCAGAGUGAAGUACGAGACUGAAUGUGGUCUCCGGCAAAAUGUGGAUGCAGACAUUUGCAACUUACGCCCCGUCCUGGAUCAGCUGGCCAGCUGCAAGACCGACCUGCAGCUACAGUGUGAGGCUUUAACUGAAGAGAUGUGUUGUCUCAAGACAAACCAUGAGGAGGAAAUGAACUGCCUGAGGAAACAAGCGACUGGAGAUGUGAGCGUGGAGGUCAAUGCCUGUCCUGGCCCAGACCUGAGGAAGAUUCUGGAGGAUCUGAGGUGCCAGUAUGAAACGCUGAUGGAGCGCAACCGCAAAGAGACUGAGCAGUGGUAUGCCUGCAAGGUGGAGGAGGUGAAUCUGGAGGUCAUCACAAACAGCCAGGAGAUAGAGUCAAGCAACAAACAGGUCACUGAGAUGAGACGCCAGCUGCAGGCCUUGGAAAUCAAUGUACAAGCCCAGCUCACCAUGAAAGAAAACCUGGAAUCCUCUUUGGCAGAAACCGAAUGUCGCUACAACAAAUACCUGGCUGAGCUACAGAGCCAGAUCUCCUGUGUGGAGCAGCGGCUGGCUGAAAUACGAGCAGAAAUGGAGUGCCAGAACCAGGAAUACAAGACCCUCCUGGACGUCAAAUGCCGCUUGGAGCAGGAGAUUCAGACCUACCACUGCCUGCUGGAGGGGGGACAGCACGACAUCAUGUACGCAGACUACAGGCAGACCCGGGCACAGUAAAAUCUCUAUGCUUUGGCUUACAGGGAUAUGAAAAUUCGUGAUACAAAUGGUAAAAGCAACAC